UGAAUCCAAUUUAGUUGUUUUCCAUGUGAAAAGACAUGGAAAAUCACAAAAAUAUAAGCUUAAUGAUUCCCACAAAAAGCAAUAAGAACUUUUUCAGGUAUUAACAUGGAGCCAACUUUCAAAAGCAGAAGAUUCUCAAUAUCUACCUUUAUGUAUUGUAAUAUAGUGUCAUUACAUGACUCACAAUCUGAUAGCUGAAGCCUCUUGAGUUGCAUUUAUAGGGAAAAUAGAUGAACAUGAAGCCAUUCAACAAAAUCCAAAUUCUCUAUUAUUUGUUCAUCUUCCACACCACACUAUGUACUCCCAUAGAACAGCACAAUCAUACCAACUACUGCAGUGAUAGCAAAACUGAAUCAUCUUUCUUGAAUCCAAAUUCUUCUAUUACAUCCCUAUUAAGCAAAAUCACCAUAUGCAGAUCUCAGAAUCUCUACUUGAGAACAUCUCUUGGACUUUUCCAAGUUUCUUCACUUGACUACAAUGCUAGAUUACUAACCAUAUCUCACCCUUGUUCUUCUUCUCUCCAUUAUAUUUCUCCUCUGGCUGUUACUGCAGGCUUUCAAUCUCCUCCAGAACCUAACUCACUCCUUCUUUUCAACUGUUCAAGCACAACAGAUUCCAUUCCACCACCAUUUAUCCGAAAUGGCAAAGGCUUGCUACAUAACUGUGGAAAUGCUGCUUCAACUUCUUCUAGGGUUCAAGGGCAAGAGAAAAGUCCAAAUUCAAGUUUAGUUAUUGAAGAUCUUCAAAGGGCUGUUGACAAGGGCUUUCAACCUAAAGAUUUGAACUGCUCUCACUAUAGCUGGAUGCACAGAAGUUCCUCAAAUGGUGAAGGGUAUGUGUUGGGAACAAGGAUGUCCUUUGAUGUGCCAAAUCAUGUGGAAGAUCUUUGUAAAGAGUGUGAAAAGCCUAAUGGAAACUGUGGUGUAGGGUUGAAGUGUUUGUGCCAUGCAAAAGAGUGCAAAGACAAGAUCAUCUCAGAAAGUGGGUCCAUGAAAUCUGUUGGUAAUAAUGUUCUUCUCUCUUUCCUUUCUGUCAUUGGUGUUGUAGCUUUCUUCAAGGAUGUGUAGGUAGCAGUUUUUAAGGAUGAAUAUAUUUUUAUCACCAACACUUUGUUGCUAUAUAUGAUUAUGUUACUUACGAUUUAAUAUCAAACACUUAAAUUGAUGUUCUCUAUUUUAA